CGCCAUAGCGCCCGUACCUCGCGCGAGUAUGGCAGAUUUCGGCCUGUCAAAAUCAUGGAAAAUGGUUAACACGUCCCAUUUAAAAUCGCUAGUGAUUCGUAUUGCAUCAGUGAGUGACUACUAACAUGUUUUGGGAUUGCAAGAGACUAAAAACAGUGAGUGACAUCAACUAGCGAUCGCACGGCGAACCUCUCUUACGGUCGGAUUGUUUUGAUCGAUUCGACUGUGAUUCGUUUGCGGUGAAGUGCUGUUUUUAUCAUUAAUUAGUCAGUUUUUUAGUGUUAAUUAGUGUUGUGCCCGUUAAUUACAAUCGAAAUGCAUUGUAGACCGAGCGUUCUGCUUUCUUUCGCCUGGAUUUUCAUUGGAGUGAACAGUCAGUUUGGGGAGAACACCCCCCCGACAAUGUGGAUCGAACCCCGGACGUGGAAUGUGGCCGAGGACGAGGUGAUUGGAAGCAAGGUAGCCCAGGUCCAGGCGGACGACAGUGACAACGACACCCUCGUCUACAGUCUGGAACUGAUUGCGUACAGGGAUCCGAAGAGGGCUAGACCAGGACUACCCUUCAGGAUCGAUCCUCACACAGGUGUCGUGAAGCUCAACGAAUCUUUGGAAGGAAGGGCUGGCGAGGAAAUAAAGUUGUACGUCAUAGGAUCGGAUGGCCACAUACCUUCUAAGAUAGAAGUCUACGCAAAAAUAGGAAAAUCAUCGAGUUCCUUCUCCAAUGGCAACGUUCCCGCAUUCCAUCCACCCAAUCCCUUCACCUUCUCUCGCCCAGAUUUAUCAUUCGCCAAUAAUCCUCCCCCAAACAUAGCCAACAACCCACCCGGUGCGAUUUUCAACAAAAGUCCAAUAAAUUAUUUCCCACUCACCAACACAAACUCAAACAGACCGCGAUUCCAACAGAAAACUUAUCCGGAGCCACCACCACCACCUCCAAGAGUUCCAGACAAAGUCGAAAAACCAAUCCAAGAUAAAACGACUCAUUUGACUAGAUUAAAACCGGUGGAGUCGAAACCAACCGAAGAACAGAAUAAGACUGAAUUCACAACCAUCAAUCCAGGGAACAAAACCCAAAUACCCAUAGAAGAUGAAAGGAAGAACGAAAUACUGCCCUUCGAUCAACCGGUGACUUCUCCGCCGGAACUGACGGCCACUUUAGUUCCUAUAGUUUCGGUCUGUGCGGUGUUCCUCACCGUGGGAAUAUUCGCCAUAGUGUUCAGGAAAAAGAUAUGCCUCCUUAAAUCCGACGAUUCUAAAGAUGAUAUGCGGAAGGAAUCGUCGGGCGGCAUUGUGCUGCAGGAGGAUCCGACUUUGGCCCUGCAACAAUGGAGGCCGAGGGCUUUUAGUAAUCGGUACGAACCGUGGGCCACCGAAUUAAAUCAUCCACAGUUAAUCAGUCAAAUAUCGUCGGGUGUCAAAAGUCCAGACCGAUGGGAAUUUCCAAGGCACCGGUUGAAGUUCUUCAAUAUAUUGGGCGAAGGCGCAUUCGGACAAGUUUGGAAGUGUGAAGCACUGGAUCUGGAGGGAAAAGAUUCCGGGGUUUCAAUUGUCGCAGUGAAAACCUUAAAAGAAAAUGCCAAUGAAAAGGAACGAUCAGAUUUACUCUCUGAACUACAGGUUAUGAAAAUGUUAGAGCCUCAUACAAACGUGGUGCGUCUUUUGGCGUGUUGCACCGAAAAGGAACCGAUAUUCCUGAUCAUGGAGUACGUUAGCAGAGGCAAACUACAAAGUUACUUGAGAAGUUCACGUGCUGAACGUCACUACAACAACAUGCACGGCCACAGCAAGUCCUUAACGUCCCGUGAUCUGACUUCCUUCGUAUACCAAAUCGCCAAGGGAAUGGAAUUCCUUUCAUCCAAUGGAAUAAUCCAUAGGGAUCUCGCGGCGCGCAACAUAUUAAUCACGGAAGACCAUGUGUGCAAAGUGGCAGACUUUGGAUUUGCCCGUGAUGUUUGCGAGGCGCACGUAUACGAAAGGAAGAGCGAGGGUCGACUGCCCAUACGAUGGAUGGCGCCUGAAUCCUUGUACGAUAACAUAUUUUCCGUAAAAUCGGACGUCUGGAGUUUCGGCGUCCUCAUAUGGGAAAUUGUGACCUUAGGCAGCACUCCGUAUCCAGGAUUGUCGGCGCAAGAAGUGAUGCGAAAGGUGCGAGACGGAUAUCGUUUGGACAAACCGGAGCACUGCAGACGUGAGUUGUACAACAUCAUGUAUUACUGUUGGGACAAAGACCCAAAACAAAGGCCCACGUUUCCGGAAUGCAUUGAACUCCUUGAGAAACUGCUCGUCACCGAGACAGACUACAUCGAACUGGAAAGGUUUCCGGAUCAUUCCUACUACAACAUGAUGAGUCUGAGCGGAGAGAAAUUGUGAAAAUUACUUUAUAGGACUGUAUAAAAUGUUUUAAGUAAUUAUUUAUUUUAUUGUUAUCCUUAAGGAAUGAGUCUAGUGAUAUGAGAUGUAUAGUCAAGACAUGUGACUCUAAAUUGUUUUGCGUAAUUUAGUUUAAUAUGAUUUAAUGAAAACGCUCACUCCCAGUGGUUGUUAAGAAAGAACAAUAACCAAAGUCAAUUAUUUGUCGAAAACUACCAAAAAUAAUAGCAAUAAUAUUAUGUUUUUAAGGUAGAUUUGGUUUGUUCAAGUAAUUGUACAUAAUACUUACUUUCAUCAUGUACCUAUAACAUAUUUUAACAUUUGUAUUUUAAUUUAUAAUAUUGUUUCAUUAGUAUUUUAAGUGCAAUAAAACUGUAUAUACUAGUAUUUAAAUUUGUAUUGAAAUAAAUGUGAUCCUUUAUACAA